GUAAUCUUUGGGCCAAGUUAAACAUGGCGACUGACGAAUUGUCCCUGCUGGAGCGCGUGCUGUUCCGUGUCGGCUCAGCGGAGUCGGACGAGCAGCUGCAGAGUGCCGUGUCCAAGUUCCUGCCGCCCGUGCUGCUGAAGCUAUCGAGCCAGCAGGACGGCGUGCGCAAGAAGGUGAUGGAGCUGCUGAUACACAUCAACAAGCGCGUCAAGAGCCGGCCGCAGGUGCAGCUGCCUGUGGACGCCUUGCUGCUGCAGUACCAGGACCCGGCCGCCAGUUCCUUCGUCACUAAUUUCACGAUCAUCUACAUAAAGAUGGGGUUCCCGCGGCUACCAGUGACAAAACAGGCAGAGCUGGUGCCUUGCUUGCUGAAUGCUCUGGAGGGCAAGCCACAGUCGCACCAGGACAGCCUGCUGUUGCUGCUGAUGCCCGUGCUGGGCCAGGUGAGCGUACCGGUGGACGCGCGCCAGAGAGGCGCGCUGCUGGGCCUCAACGAGCGCCCGCACAUCGCGCGUCUCCUCUCCCAGUUCGUGCUGGACUUGCUGCUCCUGCCGUACGGGGCAAGCCCAAGAACGGAGCAGUCCCAGUCGCAGUCACACAUCCCAGCCGGUAUGAGCGAGACAAGCCUCCGCAGAGUGACUGCAGAGGGACCUCUCAGUGCCGAGCAGUUGGAGCAGACCAAGCUUGGGCUGGUGAAGUUCCUCUCCAGCGGCGUGUUGGCAGAGUCGGAGGUAUUGGUGCACCUGCUGGUCGCCGCCGCAGACACUCGCUUCAGUGUCGCCAAUGCCGCUGACAUGGAGCUCAAGAAGGUUGUCGGGGCACUGGACUGGAGCAGCCCCGCGCUGCUGGUGCCUCUCUACGAGCUGUACCUGGGCACCCCCGCCCUGGCCAAGUCUUCUCCCCCGGAGCAGCGCCGCCGCCCCGCCAGCACGCGCAUACGCCUCAAGCUGCUGCCGUUCCUGUCCCGCGCGCGCGGCCCGGCUCUGCUCUUCCCCUCCUGCAUUCAGGUAUUCUUUGAGUCGCUGUACGGCACAGAGUUCACCAACGCACGGCUGAAGUUGAUGGCUCUGCAGUUUGCGAUGGUGGUGAUCACGGGGGCGAGCUUGGCGCGGUUGGCGCAGGUGGCUGCCGUGUUCCUGUCCGGCCUGCUGAAGGUGAUAGCUCAAGAGGAGAGCAGUCUGAAGGCUCCGGCGUACGUCGCAGCGGGCAAGCUGGCACAACGAGUCCCAUCUCUCGUCAACAAGGACCUGCGCCUGCUGCAGACCUUCUUUGACGCCCUCUCCAAGGAGGACCAGGAGACGCGGCUGAGCGUGCGGGAGGCACUGCUCAGCAUGGUGCAGGCUUUCAGGGUGGGGGACGACACGGAAGCGCAGAGCCGCCAGGUGAUGAUGCAGGCACUGCUAGCUGGCCAGGUGGAAAGCAGCGAACCGUCCGCGCGCUUCCUCGCCGUUCGCUAUGCCGCCAGCGUGUUCCCUGCACGCCACGUGCCCUCGCGCUACCUGCUGCUGCUCGCCACGGGAGACAGCAAGGAAGAGGUGUCCAGGGAGGCACUGCGCGCGCUCUACGGGCCGGGCAAGGGACGUAAUGACCCGGAGCCAGGAGACGAGUUGGUGCUCCUGCCUCCCUUUCCAGAGGUGGCACACUACCUGGCGGAGCGUGCCAGGACGCGCCUGCAGAACCCUGCCACCUGCCACGUCGCUGGCAGCCACACCCUGCCCUUCCCCGUGCAGACGCACGUCGCCGUGCUGGAGUACGUACGGGUGUGCCUCUGGCGGGAUGCUGGUCUCCCUGCCCCGACCUCUGAGCACCCCUGCGCACACACCCCACGCUUGCGCACUCACCUGCUCGCCCUGUGCCAGGGAAAUGCUGAUGAGCUCGACGAGUACUUGUGGCUAGCCGAGCAGCUGCUGGGGGCAGGGCCCACCGCCGCUCCCGUCGCGGCACUGCUCGAGGCCAUAGGCUGCGUGCCCGAGCGCCUGGCUGCGCGCUUCUCCACACACCUCCCACUUCUCAAGGGCUUCUUCUCCUCGACAAAGGAGAGCAUCCGGCCGCUGUGCUCGUCGCUCUAUGGGAUCAUCGCUGCUCACGGUCUCGGCGAGAACGAGUUUGAAGAGAACAUCGGCAACUUGCUUCAAGAACUUAGUACUAAGAGCGUGGAAGUGCAGCACGGCUCCGUGCUGGCUGUGGCACACGCCCUCGAGAGGAAGCUGUGUGCGGCCCCGCUCGAUGACAAUGCCAGGCUGCCCGCCUCACCACUCUACGGCCAAUGUGUGCGCACUACACUGGCGCUGCUAGAGCACCAGAGCACGGCCCUGGUGGCAGCUGCUUGCACUGCGCUGCAGAUGCUGACGUGCCACGCUGCACUGCCUCUCCCCGACACGGAUGGUACGGACAACAAGCUGAGCAUCGUGCGCCGCCUGCAGGCCCUCGUGACCAGUGCCAAGCUCCCCACCAAGGCGCGCGAGCAGGCGGCACUAGCCCUCGGCUGCCUGUGCCUGGGCGAGCAGUUUCCUCACGCCCGCCUCAUCAUCGAGGGCUUCUUGGGCCUGGCCAGCGAGGUGCGCGACGUGGAGGUACACCUGACGGCUGGCGAAGCCCUAGUGGCGUGCGUGCAGGGAGGCUCAUCCCCACGCUGCCGUGAUGCGUGGCGUGUCACGGAGGAUGAUUGGGUGCCUGCACGGCCGCCUCUGGACAGCCUGGACAACGACCUCGACUGGCUGCUGGAGCGGAUUCUAGCACUCGUGCCAGAGCCUCGUCCGUCCUCGCGGCAAGCAGCGUGCGUGUGGCUGCUGGCCCUACUGCGCCACUGUGGCAGCCGUGCGCCCGUCACCGCUCACCUUGAUGCCCUGCAGCGUGCCUUCAUGGACUUGCUGGCCGACAGCAAUGAGCUGGUGCAGGACGCCGCCAGCAAGGGCCUGGCCCUGGUGUACGAGAGCAGCGGCGAGGACUCGCGGCAACGCCUCGUGGGCGAGCUGUUGGAGCAGCUGAGUGCCGGGCGACGCCAGGUGGCGCGUGUCUCCCACGACACCCGUCUCUUCGAGGAGGGCGCGCUGGGACAGUCUCCAUCCGGGGGCAGCCUGUCAACGUACAAGGAGCUGUGCUCGCUGGCCAGUGACCUCAACCAGCCAGAUCUUAUCUACAAGUUCAUGCACCUGGCUAACAACAACGCCAUCUGGAACUCUAAGAAGGGGGCUGCGUUUGGGUUCUCGUCGCUGGUGGCACAGUCUGGGGAGCAGCUGAGCGCACACCUACCGCGCAUUGUGCCGCGCCUCUACAGGUACCGCUUCGACCCAACUCCCAGCAUCCAGAACUCCAUGUCGAGCAUCUGGCAUGCUCUCGUCUCGGACACGCAGCACACGGUAGACAAGUACCACGCAGAGAUUCUGGCUGACCUGGUAGAGAACCUGACCUCGCCGCAGUGGCGGGUGCGCUACUCGUGCUGCGUGGCGGUGGCAGACUUCCUGCGCUGUGGCCCUAACCGCAGCCUGCACGACUCUCUGUCCUCGCUGCCUCGCCUCUGGGCGCAGUUGUUCCGUGUCAUGGACGACGUGCACCAGGGUGUGCGAACCGCCGCCACCGCCACCGCCAGCGACCUGGGGAAGCUGUGCCUACGCACCUGUGGCGUGGGAGCGAGUGCUGGCAAGGCAGGCAACGAGGUGGUGCGUGCCGUGCUCCCAGUGCUGCUCGACACGGGUAUCUGCAACUCCGUGCAGGAAGUUAGGACCCUCAGCCUGCAGCUGGUGUCGCAGCUGGUAGGCACGACCGGCAGCCUGCUGCAGCCUCACCUCGCGCAGCUUGUGCCGGCGCUGCUCGAGGCGGCUGGGGAGUUGGAACCACGUGCCUUCGGCUACCUCAGCGCGCAGCUCGGGGCCGAGCGCGAGGCUCAGGAGUCGCUGGACCAGGCUCGCGCGACCGCCGCAACCUCCCACCGCACCACGGACACCGUCGCCAAGUGCGUGCAGUACGUGGAUGCAAGCGUGCUGCCCCAGCUGAUGCCACGCGUGCUGGAACUGAUGAAGGGGUCGGUGGCCCUGGGCACACGUGUUGCCAGCGCGCACUUCGUCGUGCUGCUCACAUACCACCUGCGGCAGGAGCUGCAACCCUACGCAGGCAAGCUGUUGGCUGUGCUUACAUCAGGGCUGACGGACCGCAACGCCGCUGUCCGCAAACAUUUUGCCACAACCAUCGGCUACCUCGCGCCUAUUGCCAAGGACUCUAGCCUCGAGAAGCUCUUCUCAAAGCUGUGCACGUGGUAUUAUGAGAAGGAAGAUGAGGUGUUCCACUCAGCAUGUGCCUACACCUUCCAGUCAGUGCUGCAGCGCCACCCGGCCGUGCUGAAGGAUCACGCGGACAUCAUCUUCCCAUUAGUAUUCUUCGCCACGCACGCCGCCAAAACGCCAGAGGGCACGGGCAGCGCAGAGGUGUGGGAGGAGGUGUGGCAGGAUGCGGCACCCAGCCCGGAGCUCGCCCUGCGCACCAACCUGCCGUGUGUGCGCGACACGCUCAUCUCCGCCCUCCAGUCCUCCUCCUGGACCACCAAGGCUCAGGCAGCGCGUGCUGUGGGCACACUGGCGGGCAAGGUGGGCACGUUCCUGGCUGAGGAAGACGUGUCGAGGCUGGUGGGCACUCUCUUGGACGCGCUGGCUGGCCGCACCUGGAGCGGCAAGGACUGCCUUCUGCAUGCACUCGAGUCCUUCGCGACCGGCUGCAGGGUGGUGCUGAGGCAGGAGAGCUGCGCGGGUCUGGUGGCGAGCAUGCUGGAUGCGCUGCUGAGGGAGUGUCGCAAGCAGGACCCGGCUUACAAGCGAUCCGCUCUUCGCGCCUUGGGGAGCGUGUUGUCAGCUCUGGAAGUUGACCGCUUCGAUCAGGUGUACACGCUUGUGCAGGACACACUUUCCCAGGACGAAGGCGCCCGGAGCCAACGGGAAGACGAGCAGGACCUGGAGGAUGCGGUGGCGGCGCGGGACAACCGCAUCCUGCUGACAGAGGCGGCCUACGAGGCUCUGGGCAAGGCCUGGCCCAGCAGCGCCGACACCCAGGCGCGACACAGGGAGCGGCUGCUGCAGCAGUGCUGCGCGCAGCUGGAGGGCAGCUCGCGCCCCGUGCAGGUGGCAGUGGUAGCGGCCCUGCACUGCUUCGUGUCGCGCCUGGUGCUGCCGGAGGACCACACAGCGCUGCACGGCACACUGGACCAGCUUGCACAGGCCCUGCGCUAUGCCCUCGGCGUGGGGCGGCACACCCGCCUGAGGAAGGAGGCGCUGAAUGUGCUGUUCCUAUUGGCCAAGAAGCUGACAGAUGCAGGCCGGAUGGCGGAGCUGCAUGCGCUGGCAGAUACCUUGCAACAAGUCCUUGAUGAGGUGGGCAAGGACCCCAGCCCCGAGGUGAAGACGCGCCUGUUCGACAUCCGCCCACUCCUGCGGCGUUAGUCCUGCCAACCUGCUCGACACAACUUCACAGACUGAACCACAUCAGGAGUUACAGUUGCAGCCAACUGUAGCCACCCAUUUCCUGAGAACUGUGCUGUGCACUUUUGGGACCACCAUAUCAAUUGGUGGUCACCAACAUUUAUUUAUAUAUUACAUUAACAAUUUAAUGUACUGUAUUUGCGAAUAUUUUAGUUUAUUAAUAAAUGUAUCUUCUUUAUUUAAAAUAAAA